AAAACACUUCUCCACGAUUUUUUGACCUCAGAAAUAUUCCAAUGCUGAGUGCCUUUGUUUCAUUUUUAAACUGAAACUAAAGAUAGAAGAUGUGAUCAAUUGAGGAAGUUGAGUGGCUAAAACUAUUCCAGCAUUACCAUGGAGCACCAGUUUUCAGUAGCUGAUUGGGCAGUGUUUGUCAGCAUACUGGUCAUUUCAGCAUGUAUUGGGAUAUACCAUGCUUUAACUGGAGGAAAACAGAAAACUACCAAAGAGUUCCUAAUGGGUAACAGAGAAAUGAGUUGUCUCCCUGUUGCUGUCUCAAUCCUUGUCUCAUUCCAAUCAGCCAUUUUGAUUUUAGGUGCUCCGGCAGAAAUGUACACAAAAGGGACCCAGUAUUAUUUAUAUGUGUUUGGUCAGAUGUCUGCAGUUGUCUUGGCAACCAUUUUAUUUGUACCAUUAUUUUAUCCUCUCAAGAUGACGAGCAUGUAUCAGUAUUUAGAAAUGAGAUACAAUUCGAAGGCAGCUAGAUUAACAGGAACAAUCAUCAGCAACCUCUCUAUGUUAAUAUACACAGGGAUAGCCAGCUUUGCUCCAUCGACAGCUCUUCAAGCAGUGAGUGGUUUCCCACAGUGGGCCUCUUUUAUUAUUAUUGGUUGCAUCUGUACAUUUUAUACAUUUAUGGGUGGACUUAAAGCUGUUAUAUGGGUGGAUGUCUUUCAAGCUCUGAUAAUGGUAGCUGGUAUAUUAGCCAUUGUCAUUAGGGCAACACUAGAUGUAGGAGGAUUUGACCGUGUGUGGGAGAUUAACUCCAAAUGGAACAGAAUAGAUUUCUGGAAUUUUGAUCCUGAUCCUACAGUUCGUCACACUUUCUGGGCAUUAGUAAUUGGGGGAAUGAUCAACUGGACUGGAACCUAUGGAGCCAGUCAGUCAAGUAUCCAGAGAUUUAGUGCCUUAUCUUCACUUAAUGAAGCAAGAAAAGCAGUGAUGUUGAAUUGUGUAGGAGUAUUUAUAAUGAUAACGACAUCAUGUGUAGCUGGUAUUUCUGUCUUUGCUUACUAUGCAGAAAAAGGCUGUGACCCUCUUGCCAAUAAAGAUAUUAAAAAUUCCAAUCAGAUCAUUCCAUAUUUUGUAUCAGAGAUGCUAGGAUUCCCUGGGAUACCUGGUCUAUUUAUAGCUGGUCUUUUCUGUGGUGCUUUAAGCACUUUGUCAUCCAAUCUCAGUUCUAUGGUAGCUGUGACAUAUGAAGAUAUGAUAAAGCCUUUCAUCAAACCAUCCAAGCCUGAAGCUGUUAAAAUUAAAAUCACAAAGUUAUUAGUUCUGAUAUAUGGAGUUUUAGGAAUAUUAGUGACUUUUCUGUUCAGAAAUUUAAAAGGGACUGUAUUACAGGCUUCCUUAAGCUUUAUGGGCGCUGCUGGUGGUGCUCUCAAUGGACUUAUUAUGUUGGGAGCUUUCUUCCCUUGGGCUAACUGGCAGGGGGCUAUUGUUGGGACCAUUACAGCUUAUAUCGUCAGCAUGUGGAUAGGUAUAGGAAAAUAUACAGUUGUAGGGGUCAAGGACACCCUACCAUCGCCUGUCUAUAACUGUAGUAUUUAUAUGUACAAUGUUAGUAUAGCAAGUUCUACAAACGUUACUAUGACAACAAUGUCUUCUAUAGUUGCUUACAAUACUAGUGGUAUGUUGACAAACUAUAGUAUGCUUGUACCAAAUUCAGAAAGCACUACCAGCAGUUUAAUACAAGACUCACAACCAGGCUUAGAAAGUUUUUAUAGCUUGUCCUACCUCUGGUAUUCAACAUUUGGGAUGCUAAUUACCUUUGUGGUUGGACUUACAGUCAGCUUUAUUACAGGUCCAACCAAACCAGAGGAUGUGAACCCUGAUCUCAUGAUACCUAUUUUUGAUAGACUCUUCUGGUUUUGUUUGCCAAAGAAAGUUCUACAUUUCUUACGUUUUGGUGUAGAUUACGAACCAGAUAAUGGAGCGGACAAUGACAGUGGUGUCACAGAGACAACAUUUAAGAGUUCAAGUGAAGUGGCAAGAGUAGACGGUGAGGAUGCCAAACAUCAGGAACUUCAACCCUUGUCACAUAAACAUAUUGAAUCAUAACAACAGCUUUUAUCAUGAUCUCUUCAUUUUGAGGGUACUGAGGGGGAUAUUUAUGUAUUUAUACUGUUAUAUUUUGAAUAUGCCUGUCCAUUUAAUUUCUUUUCAGUGGUUCAUUUGCCAACUACCAACUUUAUUCCAAUUUUAGAAUUUUUUGCUAAGGGAAAUAACACCUAGGCAAGACAAACUGGAUUCCUGCCAAUACAAACAUUAUGGAAAGAGCAUGAUUUAAUGUAGUUCAGCUUUUGAAAAUUUUCCUUGCGUAAUCAAGUUUUUUGCAAUUCUAUUAUCAACAUAAAUGUGAGAUGCAAGUUUGAAAAUGAAAAAGUUAUUUUCAGAUUCUAUACAAUUCACCUUUCUCACUCUGCUUGCUCCAUUUUGGUAGUGAUACAGUUUAUCCUAUGCCGGUGUUGUUUCCCUUUGCUAAAAUUGGUAAUGGAGGUGGUAUUUGGCAAAUGGACCUUAUAAUGAUGUAUUUUCCUAUUUAAAGUAAACUGCGUAAGUGUAAAAUUUGCAACAAAAUUGUCUGACCAUGAAAAUCAAAAGGGCUGUUCCAGAAUUAUUAUAAAUUGUAUGAGGUUUGGGGUGUCAGAAGGCACAUCUAUUAAAUUUUAAAGGAUGAUGAUUAUUUAAGAAAGAUAGCCUGAACAAUUAUAGAAGAUAUUCAAUUAGAAUGUAAUUCAUGGCAGCUAAAUAAAAAGAGGCUUUGUGCCCCAUCCCCUCCUGCAAUACAUUUAUAUCUGGAACACCCCUUAGAAAAUGUAUACAAAGUCUAAGCUCCAAAUUAAAACAUAUCCAAAGAAGAUCUUUCCAAAAUUUCUGGAAAAAUAGAAUCUUAUAAGAAAUCCCUUGUAGCCUGUUAACGGUAUAUUUUACAUAUCUUUAAGGGAAGCAACACAUAUCAUGAAUGAAAGGAGUUUGUGUACAUGUCAAGGAGACAGAAACCAAAGAUUACAAGUUCAUGAAAAAAAUAUAGAACAUCUACAUCAAAAUUAAACUAAAGAAAAGAGGAAUGAUACAUUUUUAUAUUUUUCAAAGUGUUAAUUAUAUAAUCAGUCAGUCACAAUUAUUUCAUAAGAUAAAAAGUAUUGUAAAUAUUUUUAUUUAGCAUAUUAUUUUAAAAACUCAACAAGAUGUUUGCUUAUCUUGUUUUUGACUUUUUGUCAGAUAUUCGGAAUCCUCUGAUUUUAUCUAUGAAGUGCCAUUAAAUUAAAUGUUUUGCCUACUCCCUUCUUUUCUUUUCAGAAUUUUAUUACAUAGUUUAAAAAUGUUAUAAAAUUUUUGUUAUUUUUCCAAAGUUUUUAAAAGAAAAAAGGAGUCAUCGUUAAACAUAUCAAAAAUCUAGAGAGAAUAAUUUCACGCCAAGUUUUCAGUGGCUCAUAUCUCAAAAACCAGGACAGAGACCUUUCAGUUUUUCGGCUUUUUUAUUCUGUUAUUUAUAAAAAGGUGUUAUUUUGAAACAGAGCAGGGAACAUCCUUAAAAAGUUAUAUCAUUCAUAACUAAGUAUUAAAAGUUUAUUUUAUUUCAUGUUUGAAAAGUUGUUAUAGAAAUUUGUUUUCAUUUUCCUAACAUUAAUGAGAUUUACCAUGAUAUUAUUAUAUGCC